AUGGAGGGGGAGGGGGUCGGGGCCGAGGCCCCGGUUCACCCCGGGGAGUCCCCUGUGGAGGCAGCGGCCCCGGGGCCCGUCGCGGAGGAGCAGGCGGCCGCAGAGGAGGCCGGGGACGAUAGGCCCCCUGAGGAGCCGGCGGGGGAAGAGGCUGCCGCGGAGGAGGAGGAGGCAGAGCCGGAACACAGCGCGGGCACGGAGCCUCCUUCCCCGGCCGCUGAGGGAACCCCCGAGGCAGAGGCGGGAGCCGCCCCAGAGGCGCCCACCAGCGCCAGCUUCACGGAGGGCGAGGCCGAGGAGCCGCCCCCGCUGCAGGUGGGGGAAGUGCUAAGCCCCCGGGCGAGCUGGGGGGAGGGGCGGCCCAGCCUGCCCCUGCUGGAGCCGGGCAGCCCCCUGGAGGAGGAGGAGGAGGAGGCGGCGGCGGCGGAGCAGCGGCAGCGCGCGGAGCUGACCGAGCAGUACCGGCUCCUGCUGGCCGAGCGCCAGCGCACGCGCCGGCACAACGGACACCUGCAGUUCAAGCUGUCCGAGCUGUUCCGCAAGAAGGGCGAGGAGCCGCCCCGCGCGGAGCUGGAGGAGCUGGUCUCCGACAAGGAGCAGCGCUACGCCCGCUACCUCGCCAUGCUGGAGGAGCUGAGGGGGCAGCUGGCCCAGCAGCGGGCCUGGUACCAGCUCCAGAUAGACGCCCUGGCGCAGCGCUGCGCGGAAAAGCUGGACCGCGUGAACGCCGACUGGCUCGCCUGCCAGGCCCGCAAGAAGGAAGUGACCCUCUUCACCAUGGGGCGCCAGCUGGGGGGGAAGGAAGCUGCCGUUAAGGAGGUGGAGCACAUCCAAGCCAAGGAGCAGCGCAAAGAGAACGAGAUGAGUGAGGUCCGCUUGGAAAACAUCAAGCUGCAGCAUAAGAUUGAAAAGCUUGAAGCAAGCCUGAAAGCUCAAGAGGAGCUGGCAGAAGGACUGCACCUGAUAGACUUUGAGCAGCUGAAGAUAGAGAACCAGACCUACAAUGAGAAAAUUGAGGAGCGCAAUGAAGAGCUUCUGAAGCUCCGGAAGAAGAUCACUAAUACAGUGCAAGUCCUGACCCAGCUUAAAGAAAAACUGCAGUUUGUAGAAGCUCAGAAUCAAGACCAGAGGGCCCAGCUGAUGGAGACUGAGGCACUGGUGGCACAGAAAAGAGAGAUUCUGACCAAAACCAAACAGGCUAGGGAUAGUUUACGGGUACACAACUUGAAAUUGCGACAGAAGUGUGGGCUUCUUGGAAGUGAGGCACUGCUGCGGGACUUCGAGAACAAGGUGGAUGCUGCUGAAGUGCUAAGUCAGCGGCUGGAGAUGCUGAAACGUCACCAUGCUGGACUCACCCUUACUUGCAAAGCUGUAAAGAAAAAAAUCAAGGAAGCAAAAUCCUUUCUACCAGAAUGAGGAUUUUGGAGAAGAAAGUGAGGUUAAAAGACAGAAGAACAAAAAUUGAGCACUUAAAUUGGUUUAUUUGUCUCUGAAAUUGUUUUUCAUAUACAGGCUUUGAAUAUAGUAAAAGGGUAAAAUAGUCUCAAUUUCACAUCUAAUGAAAACUUUGUUUCUGAAGUUUUAAUGUUAUACAUUCCAUCAGGAGACUGCCCUGAAGUUCUGCCUUUUUCAAUGGCUCAUGAAGAAACCAAGCAUAUGUGGCUAAUUACUCUAUCAUAUUGAUAUUUUAAGUAUGCAUUUAAAACACACACAGGCACUAUUCUGAUCGCUAGAGCAUCACCCUCUGGUAAGCAAAAAACUGCAAGUCAAAUACCCUCAGAUUCCAGUCCUGGUUCUGCCACUAACUCACUGUGUGGCCUUGGCAGUCUGUUCCGCACAACUCUAAAGUAGGUAUACUUACCUACCUGUGUGUCAGACAUGUUUUCAGGAUUAUAUCUUCAGAAAGUUUUACAAAAAUUAAAGUGAUACAUAUAUUGUAAAUAAUACAAUUUAUCAGGAGCUUGUUUUAGAAUUAAUACAUAGCAAUUAUCUUGUAUUUAUAUGCAGAAUACACUGUACAGGUGCUAACUAACCUAAUUAGCAUCAAGCUACAGUUGUUGAAGCACCAGUGAUCUGCAGUGUUUUCCCUAUUGGUCCACAGAAUUAAACAUUUUGACAGCCAAGCAGCAAAGAGGUGAGAGGGAGAUCCAUGAAAAGUUCUCUUAUGAAGAUGUUCACAGAAUGAAAGAGCUGCAGAACUAUGGAUGCUAAUGAAUCCUUAAAUCAUCCCUGUAAGGGAGUUAAAUAAUUGGCCACUGGUGGAUGAAGAAUGCUUGCAGAGGGCAGAGCUGGAGUGGGCUCUCUCAGCCCACUCGUAGCAUGCACUAGUCUAGUGAGCUCUGAAGUAGCUUUUCUGAAUAACCUCAACAUUGGGAAAAAGAAUUGAUACCACACCGAAAAAAUUCUCAGUUGGGAGGGAGGAAUUGGAAUCAUAAUGGAAAGCUGACCAUUUUGUUACUGAGAGCAUAAAAGCUGGAAAGAUGACAGUCUCUGAAAACAAUCCUGCACAGGGGUGGAAAAGAUUAGAUGCCACAGUAUGUGUUUUUCAUCUUCUCUAAUUAGUUUGCUUAUUUGUUUUUUUUUUUUUUGGGGCACAAAAUGGUUAAAAGUCACAACAAAACAAUUCAACUGUACUAAAUACCCCAUUCUUAUGUCUGUUGGGUUCUUGUGUUCUACUAAAUUUCCAGUAGUGAUGAGAGACUACAAAGUAGGUUGACUAACUGGGGCAAAACACCACUACCCAAUUUAAUGUCUUCUAGAUACUAGCCAGCACACAGAGACAUAUACCAAUAAAUAUAGUGGUCAACA